AUGUCCACAGAAACGUCCGACCAGGCGCCCGCCGUCUCCGACCUCCCCUCCGGCGACCCCGUCCCGGCGCCCGUCGCGCCUCCCGUCCCCGCCCCCGCCCCCGCCGCUUCGUCUUCGUCGACGCCCGCCGGCGGCCCGAGACAGGGCAAGCACGUCCUAGGCCAGCUCUUCGCCGCCCUCUCCCCCCGCAACGUUGACGCCUUCGUCGCCCACCUGAGCCGCUGCUUCCAGACCCCCUCGGGCAUCGACACCGUCCUCCUCUUCCUCUGCUACACCUCGCGAUUCACCGCCUCCGCCCUCGACGCCCUCAGCGCCACCGCCCUCCGCCGCUCCGCCCGCCGCCUCGCCCCGCCCCCCGCCGCCGCCGCCUCCCUGGGCAUCCGCGUCGCCGCUCGCCUCCGUGCCCUCUCCAGCCUCCUCAGUGAGGCCCGCACUAUCAUGCGGCUGUGGUCCCUGCUGCCACUGUACCUCUGGCUGCGCCGCCUCAUGACGACGCCCGCGAGGCCCCCCGCCGCCGCCGCCGCCGACGACAACGAUACCGGGGACGAAAAAGGGGCGGCCGGCGCCGCGCAGGAUCCGUCCGCAGCGGCGCUCGACAGGGCCAUCUCCUGGCUGCAGGUGACGGCGUGCCUGCUGCUGCAGUCGCUCGAGACCUCGUCCUACCUCGCCUCCAAGGGCGUGCUGCCGCUGACGCCGGCCCAGCAGGGCAAGGCGGCCCGGUGGAGCGUGCGGUUCUGGUCCGUCUUCGUCGGCAGCGAGCUAGGCCGGCUCGCCGUCGAGGCGUUGCGCCGACGGAGCGCCGUGAGCAGCGGCCGCGAGGACGUCGCCAGCAGCGAGUACAAGGAGUGGUCCGACGCCUGGACGCGAACCCUUGCGCGGCAGCUGUCGUGGUUCCCGCUCACGGUGCACUGGAGCAUGGCCAAGGGGUUCGUCCCGGAGAUGGGCAUCGGCCUGCUGGGCAGUAUCCCGGGCAUCGUGCAGAUGCGCCAGCUGUGGAAGGAGACGGCUUGA